AGAUUGGCGCGUAUAUACUUUUAUAAUUGCAUCCAAUCUUGAGUUUCUGUGAAGUUCGUAUUUACUAGUGUCCGAUGCCUGCCACUAGUAACUGGAUCUGGAUGGUUCUAUUUUGAUGCAGCGGCCGUGGGUGAUGGGUUCAUGGCUCAGGACAUUUGGUUCCAGAAGACAGCAGGGGCUGUGAAGCAGCAAGCAGUGGCCCUGCGCGUCGGUGCCGAUCAAUCCAUCAUUUACCGAUGCCGGAUCGACGGCUACCAGGACACACUUUACACCCAUUCCCUCCGGCAAUUUUACCGAGACUGCUCGAUUUCCGGGACCGUUGAUUACAUCUUCGGCAACGCAGCCGUGGUCUUCCAGAACUGUCAGAUAAUUUCCCGGAAGCCAUUGAGCAAGCAGAAGAACACAAUUACCGCACAGGGACGAACUGACCCCAACCAGAACACAGCAAUUUCUAUCCAAAUGUGCAAAAUCUUGGCAAGUUCCGAUCUCGCGCCAGUGAACAGUACCUUCCCCACAUAUCUGGGCCGGCCAUGGAAGCUUUACUCGAGGACAAUUUUCAUGGAGUCCUUCCUGGAUGAUCUGAUAGCACCAGCAGGAUGGCUGGAGUGGUCUGGUAGCUUUGCUUUGAACACCCUGGAGUACCGUGAAUAUAUGAACACUGGGUCUGGUGCGGGCACCAGCAAGAGGGUGACAUGGGCUGGUUAUCAUGCUACCACCAGCACCGCUGAAGCCCAGAAGUUCACUGUUGCCAAUCUGAUCCAGGGAGCGUCUUGGUUGAAAUCUGCUGGCGUCAGCUUCACUGAAGGCCUUUGAUCACCAUCAGAAUGGGCGGGGAUUCUGAGAAAGUAUUGAAGAUAUACCGCAUAUGAAUCUUUGUGAUCUUUUAAUUAUGAUUUGCCUUCUCAUAUCUCCACGUUAAUUCUUUAUUCUGGUCCAAAUUCCAUUUUCUUC